UCCCGGGCCUCCGGCUGGGAGCUCACGGCCUCCUGGGGUUCCCGGAGCAUGCGACCGCUUCCUCGCCGGUCACCACCCUCACCCAGACCAUGCAUGAUCUCGCCGGGCUCGGCAGGUCUCUGCAUGGAUUCUCCCAGCCCCAUGGACCCCCAGAAGGCAGAGGAGACGUUUGAACAGGCCAUCCAGGCAGCCAGCCGGUUCAUUCGAAGCGAUCAGUUCACCAUCCGACGCUUCCAGUCCUUGCCGGUGAGGCUUCUGGGCCACAGCCCCGUGCUACGGAACAUCACCAACUCCCCAGCGCCCGGCAGCUGGAGGAAGAGCGAGGCACGCAGCCAGGCUACUCAAAGCUCUGAGGAGGACAAAGAGAAUGAUGGAUUUGUCUUCAAGAUGCCAUGGAAGCCCACACAUCCCAGCCACACCCAUGCUAUGGCACAGUGGGCCACCCGCAGAAAAGCCUUUGCCCAGAGGCCAAGCUCGGCCCCCGACUUGAUGUGUCUGAUCCCUGAGUGGAAGAUGGAAGUAGAGGAACUGAGUCCCCUGGCCCAACACUUCUCCCUGACCCCCACCAAAGGGGCUACUGAGGAAGACGAUGGGUUCGUGGACAUCCUAGAAAAUGACUUAAAAGAUGAUGAUGCAGUCCCCCCAAGCAUGGAGAGCCUUAUUAGCGCCCCACUGGUCAAGACCUUGGAAAAGGAAGAAGAGCAAGACCUCAUCAUGUACAGCAAGUGCCAUCGCCUCUUCCGCUCUCCGUCCAUGCCCUGCGGUGUGAUCCGGCCCGUCCUCAAGAGGCUGGAGCGGCCCCAGGACAGGGACCUGCCCGUACAGAACAAGCGGAGGAAGAGUAUCACCCCUCUGGAGGAGCAGCUGGAGGCCGAGGAACCUAAAGCCCGCGUCCUCCGCUCCAAGUCCUUGUGUCAUGACGAGAUUGAGAACAUCCUGGACAGUGACCACCGUGAACUGAUUGGGGAUUACUCCAAGGCCUUCCUCCUACAGACUGUGGAUGGAAAGCACCAAGACCUCAAGUACAUCUCACCAGAAACGAUGGUGGCCCUGCUGACGGGCAAGUUCAGCAACAUUGUGGAGAGGUUUGUGAUUGUGGACUGCAGAUACCCCUAUGAGUAUGAAGGUGGGCACAUCAAGACUGCCGUGAACCUGCCCCUGGAACGGGACGCUGAGACCUUCCUGCUGCAGAGCCCCAUCAUGCCCUGUAGCCUAGACAAGAGAAUCAUCCUCAUUUUCCACUGUGAAUUCUCAUCUGAGCGUGGGCCCCGCAUGUGCCGUUUCAUUAGGGAACGAGACCGGGCCACCAACGACUACCCCAGCCUCCACUAUCCUGAGAUGUACAUCCUCAAAGGCGGCUACAAGGAGUUCUUCCCACAGCACCCGACCUUCUGUGAGCCCCAGGACUACCGGCCCAUGAACCAUGAGGCCUUCAAGGAUGAGCUGAAGACCUUCCGCCUCAAGACUCGAAGCUGGGCUGGGGAACGGAGCCGGCGGGAGCUCUGCAGCCGCCUGCAGGACCAGUGAAGGGCCAGCCAUGGUCCCAACUACCUUCAUUGCCUCGCGUGGCCUGGGUACCAGCCACCCAGGGGUCUGCAGGGCUGAGGGUCUGCUGGAAGCCCCAGGUGCUGUCCAGGGAAAGACGGCAAGGGUGUCCCAUCUACCUGCCUCUAGUCCUGGUCCCCUUGUCUCACUCCAACCAUUCUCCAUAUCCUAGUGCCACCCCUACUCCCACCCCAGCCCCUGGAAGAACCCGGCCUGUUAGUGAAAUUGGAUUAAGUCCAGCUCAAGUAUUUUGUGUCCAGCAGGAGGCUUUUUGUUUUUUUUAUUCCUUGUUUAGGUUCACCCUUUGUCUUCCUGUAUCCAGAAAAGUCCCCUUUUUUUGUAGGGGCUUUGUUUGUAUGUAUGAGGCUGGGGGAAAGCCACAGCCCCCAGAGUGGGCCAGAGCUGCACUUUUCCCCGCCCUGGGCGUCAGCACUGUGCCCUGGCCCUCACAGCACUCCUGAGUGUGUCUGCGUGUUCCCUUUCCCUGUUCCCUCUCCUGUCCCCCCUUAUGUACACCUCUAGCACAAACAUAAGCUCUUACUCUUUCCUGUUUCAGUGUUACCUGCGUGCUUGAUUUGUCUGUCUUGAUUUUUUUGCCCAUCUCAGGUCACUCACAGGCUGAGGCUUAGGCUUCCCCUGUCCAGUUGGGGUUAGAGACUCAAACCUUAAUUACCCGCUUGACCUAGUUUCUGUUGCCUCACAAAGGGAAGUUAUUAUCCUUGGGGACCCCUGGGCGAGGGCUAAGGCCUAUAUCCUUAACCUCACUAGAAGCCCAGCCCCCACUGUUGUGAACCUUGGGGCCUGAUUUGUCAGAACUUAUUGCUGUCUUGUCAUGGCCGGACAGAUGGAUGGACGAAUGGACUGAUGAUGGAUGGGUGGAUAGCUGUAGAUGCAUAGCGCCUUGCACAUACACACCGCUGAGUGGAAGCAUUUCAGUGAGCGUGACAGCCUACAGCAGGAGUAUAUGUGUGUCUGUCUCUGUGGACAAAAUCUUUACACUUUAAGGUUUGGAAAUAUUUAAGAGGAAAUGUCACGGAAGCAGCUAAACCAAGGACAGAGCCACCCCUGGACUCUUCAUCUCAGGAUGUGGGAAGGGCUAUGCUUGAAGGCUCUGAUGUCAUCUGUUAGGGCUUUGUUUCAAUAAAGCACUGAACAAGUUGAG